CGAGGCUGUACACGUGACCUGGAAGAAAGUGGUUGACGCGCCUGUCGAUUGCCUGCGACCGCCGCUCAACUCGCUCUACCCUCUCCGCCAUUUGCGACACACAGUGCGUCCACCACCCUCGUCUUUUCUCAUUUCUACACAUUCCCGAAGACGAACUCAACUCAAGGAAUCCCUUUCUUUCACUCCACCCCAGUAUCGCCAUGUCAAAACAAAACGAUCCAGAGGCGAUUUCCAAUUUCCUCGCGGAGCAACGAGAUGAAGCACCCACCGAACUACAACACCUUUUCCUCACUUUCGAAGAUCUCUGGGAACGAAAGCUAUGGCAUCAACUGACGGACACGCUUCUGGACUACUUCUCGAAUCCAGAGAGCACUUCUCAGAGAUUACCCAUCUACAAUACUUUCAUCAUCAGUUUUGCGGACAAGAUCAACCAGCUCAAACUCGUCAAACUGGCACUGAGCGCCUCGGCGCAGAUCAAGGACGACACUGAGCGAAGCGAGUUCCUCAAGACCCUCGCCGAUCGAGUUGCCAAACCAGACUCUGAAGAAGCGCACGUCUAUACCAUCACCGAGCUGGCUAGCGUCUACCUGAGACUAGGAGAGGCGGCAAAAGCAAAGGAGCAACUAGAAAAGGCGCAAAAGACUUUGGAUCAGUUCGACUUUGUGGAAAAUGUGGUGCACGCAGCUUUCUACCGAGUCAAUGCAGACUAUUUCCAGGCCGCGAACGACUACACAUCCUACUACAGAAACUCAUUAUUGUACCUUGCGUGCAUAGACGAGUCCGAGUUGAACACCGAGCAACGGCAGCACAGAGCUUACAAUCUGGCCAUCGCGGCUCUGGUGUCAGACCAGAUCUACAACUUUGGGGAGUUAUUACUGCAUCCCAUCCUCGACGUCCUGAAACCCCCGCACCCUCAGUCAUGGUUGCGAGACCUACUCUUCGCCUUCAACCGAGGAGACCUGGCUACAUUCGAUCGGAUGUCCAACAACCUCGGCAAGGACCCCAUCCUCGAGUCUCAUCGGUUGUUCCUCUGGCAGAAGAUCAACUUGGCGGCGCUGACGGAACUGGUGUUCAAGCGACCGCCGCACGACCGUGCAAUGACGUUCAAGACGAUCAGUCAAGAGACCAAUGUCAAGCCCGAUGAAAUUGAGCACUUGAUCAUGAAGGCGCUCAGCCUGGGGCUUUUGCGAGGAAAGAUCGACCAGGUCGCCCAGAUUGCGAGGAUCAACUGGGUCCAGCCUAAAGUGCUGGAACGAAAUCAAAUCGAGGGCAUGAGGCAGCGGCUGAAGGAGUGGGACAGCAACGUCAAUGACUUGGGUCACUGGAUAGAAGGCGUGGGCAAGGACGUGUGGGCGGCAUAGGCCAUGCAUCAUCAAGCACAAAUGUAUGACCACGGCCCCGGGAAUGGCGUGGCGUUUCAUGGCAAUAAAGCAGCGGUAGACGGCCGACGGGAACGGCUCCGCUGAGAGCUAAAAGCAAUCACUCACUGUAGGAUUAGCCCUCGAAAAUCAAGAUCAGUAAUUGUGACUUGUCGUCUAAGAA